GAUAAGUUAACUGCGCAGGUCCAAGAGCUGCAGAAAGAAGGCAAUGGUGUCCAUGUACAUAUAAGUAGUGAGCACCAUGACCAUGACUUCGGGCACCAUACCGGUUCCACCAACACCGCCGUUGACACCAGUUCCACCAAUAGCAGUGAUGCUAUUGAUUCAUCGAUUUCCUCUGACCAUGACCAUAAUCAUGAUCACGGCCAUAGACACCAUCAUGAUGAACACAACCAUUAUCCGCAUGUCCAUGACGUUUACGUAAACAUGAAGCUUGAAGGCGAAUGUCACGAUAACAACAUGCGUUCUUCACAUGAGAAACAUGAAAUCAACGCACAGUGUGAGAUGAUGCCCAACAUGCAGGUCCCAGAUCUCACGUAUAGGAUCAGAGGCCAUGUUAUACUGUCUCAGAAGCCUCACAGCGAUGAUGUGAAAAUCCAGUACGACCUGAGACAUUUAAAUCCCGGCCAAAGUCACGCUAUACAUAUUCAUGAGAGCGGGGACAUGACAGAAUGUUGUAACUCCUUGGGAAACCACUACAAUCCGAAUGAUAAACAGCAUGGACUUCCUGAUGACCCUAACAGGUAUAGUUCCCAUGUAGGAGAUCUUGGUAACGUUACUGGUGACGACCAUGGACUUUACGUCAGUGAGCAGAUAAUCCACGCUGAUCUACACGACCUCAUCGGCCGUGCCUUUGUCAUUCAUGCUAAUGCUGAUGAUGGUGGUGCUAGUCAGGGAAUCAGGCUAGCGUGCUGCGUUAUAGGGCGUGCUCAUGAAAAUCAUCAUGAUCACCACGAUCAUCAUGACCACGAUCACCAUGACCACGAUCAUCAUGACCACGAUCAUCACGAUCACCAUGACCACGAUCACCAUGACCACGAUCAUCAUGACCACGAUCAUCACGAUCACCAUGACCACCAUGACCAUGACCAUGACCACGACCACCAUGACCAUGACCAUGACCACGACCACCAUCACCACCAUCAUAAUAGCCACGUACACAAUGAUGAAGACAACACUAACCGAGAUAGCACUGACCUACUUGGAUAAGGCGGCAUCAGUCCUCUACACCUUUCGGCCAUGGUUUCUGAACUUCUUAUCUUUAUCCAUUGUGCUUCUUGAAUAAAAACUUUUGUGUCUUCGGUUUACUGUG